UGCAGGUCUCCUGACUGCAGACCGAAUACUCUUUCACUGUAAAAAAAAAAACCCAAAAAAACCCCCCAAAAAACCAAAACCAAAACAAAACAAAAAACCAAAAAAAAACCAAAACAACCGAAAAAAGUGAGUAACUCAGGAUUCCAUGUUUUACUUAUUAAAAAACAAAUCACUCUUCAGCUGAAGUUGGGUCAUCACAGUAUUUAUCUCCAGAUGUCUACAAAAUGUUUCAAAGGACACUUUUUUCCCUUUAAAAGCCAAUGAAGUAGAAACAAAUAGAAGAUAGUUUUACAACCAAAAGUCUAAUUGUUUUGCUAAUUUAUUAGAAAACCUAGUCUCUAGACUGGAUAAAUAAUGCCUACGUUUGAGGUGUUUCCCUUUCUCUGAUAAAUUGUCUAAUUACCAACUUUUGGAUGUCUUUUAAGAAAUUACUUGAAAGGGUUAUCCUCGAAUGAACAUAGAUUUUUUUUUUUUUCGCCUCAAAAUACUUGCUGAUGAAGGAUUUGCUGGGCUGCCUGUUGCCAGGACUUAAUAGUUUCUCCCUUAGCUCAGGUUAUUGAUAGUGUAAACAGAGGUCAGAGUUAUUUUUUAAUCCUUCAUUGCUAAUUUUUACUUUCGUCUGAUUCACCUCUUUGUUCAGUACUGCACACCUGUGGUUUUGAAGAAUUUAAAUACCUCACUUAAGAAUUUCUGUCAUAAUUGUGUAACUCACUUGGCUCAAUCUUAAGCUUAGAUAUUUUUAAAAUUUACCUUGUGCUGAAGCAUGUCACCUUGGGGUGGUGUUCAUUUACGUAUCCUUUUUGCUGAAGUAUGAUCUCAUGUGACCUCAAUACUUGACUGUUCUUCUCAGAAUAAAAUGUGGGAGGAGCAGAUAGAAAGUUGGCAGCUUUAAGCUGCUUGGUCUGGUUUUGAGAGAAUGAUCAUUUCUUCAGAAGAAAUGAUUGUUCCUCACUGACUUUGGCUAAACUGUCUUCAUGUUUUCUCCCUUCCAAAGUGUGUGUUAACAUUACUCUUCUCUCUAGUGUGUGUCCUGCAUGGAUUUUAGAUCCUAGCCAGAGAGGAAAGACUGCUUUUCUACUUUCAUGACCGGGGCGCUCCAUGAGCCAAGUGGAUGCCUUCUGAAGAGACAAACUGGCGUCUAAAAAUUUCAGAUAACCUGGUUUCAUCCAGGCUGCAGGGGAGAAUGUUACGAAUUUUUAAAAUAGGGCUCUUGCCACUUUGGUGUCCUCUCGGCCACAGUGUGUGGCGGACUUCUCAGUUAUGAUUGUGGAACAUUCUGAACCAGGAAGCUCUGGCUUCAGAGUUCAUACUAACUUGAAUUUGCAGUUCAAAUACUGUUCCAGCUGUUUAUUAUUCAGUAUUCAAAGAUUACAUAAAGCCUUGUUCUUUAGAAUUUAAAAAAAAGUUCCUGCAUUAACUGCUUUAGUAUUUUUUUUUCUUUCUGGAGAGAGAUUUCAGGAUUUCAAAUGUCUGUUCACUUAACUGAAUAGCCCACCUUUACAACACCCUCCAGUAGGUUUUCUGUACUGGUCAGAGAAUAAAUGAGUUUAUAAACUGGCAGGAAAGCCCUGUGGCUUCUCUGUGUUUACGUGGUGGUAGAGCAGGGAGAGGGGACUGUGGACAGUGGUUCUGAGGGCUCUGAAAGAACAAAACUACAGGGUGAGUACACUGUGCUGUUAACUAACUGAGAUCUGAGUCAUUUUUGACCUGAGUAACUCAUAACCGUGUCUGGCCUGCGUGCCGUGACCUUAUCCAGCCUGUGAACUCCUGUGAUUUGCUUGGAAACCUAGUUUGGUGUAAACUGCUCUUCCCCCUCGCUGAUGAAGGAAAUCAUCACAUAAGCGGAACUGUUUGCAUCCAUGUGCGCUUUUUUUUUAAUGUUGGCAUUAUGCCUUCUUUUCCUGUUUUGGAGGCCAAUGGAUCUUCUGAUUUGUAAGUGUCAGAUAUAUUUUUGUAUUAGAUUGUGCCUAUGAUGAGAGAAAUCGCUAAUGUAUAUUUUAUGUACUCGGAACACAUUUAUAAUUUGACACACUUUGAGGCAUGGUCUAGUAAUACUGUAAUAGACACCUUUGUGGGUAAUGUGUUUAAGAUUUUUAUUGAGUUCAGUGUCUUUGAUUUAGUAUAUGAUAGCUAAGUAUUUGAGUAAAGAAUUAUUUCAGGUGUCACAGAAAAUUAGAAUAUUUAUUGUUCUAUAUUGUGUCAGUCAAUUAUUUAGAGAAUUUGCACUUUUAUAUUUUUGCCAACGAAAAUUGAAGGACAACACGUGUAUGAUUUUUAUAAUACACACACAUAUGUUCCUUUGCUGUGUAAACUUUCCUGGUUCCUUCCUUAAGCAAAUUAUGGUGAAAAGUAUUCAAUUGUGGCUCUUAGGAAGAUACAUGCUCACACAGUCAUGAUGUACUGUUUAGUAUUUCUUUCUUUUUUUUUUUUUAGAUGCUGUUGGUAUAUUUUGUAGGAAAAAAAAAGUGCUUAUUAAGCCCAGAUCAUCCCAAGAAGAUACAAAGGAAAGGGAAGGGACUUGAAGCCAGGAAGAGCAAAUACAGAAAGAGAAAAGGACAGAGGGAGCAAGAGAAUGGAAAACUGGUUCAUAAAAGAUGUGCCCCUUCUUCAGUUAAAGUGAGCAGAAUCCCACAUGUACGGUGCAGUUGGCUGGUGACAACCAGCAAGGGGCCCGAGCUCUAGCUCCCAGUGGACCAGGGUAGUCGACUGAAGCAACACACUUGUAAUUUAGAUGAGCUCUGGGUUAUAGUUACUUUCUACUCCCACGGCUGGUGGUUCUCAAAUUUUUAGCUUUACAGAUUAGCCCUACUGAGAUUCUGAUCCAGUAGGUUCUGGGUAGGGCUUAGGGAGGCAUUUGUUAACAAGCUCCUAGGAUCAUUCUAGUGCAGCUGGUCUACAUUAGAGAGACAUUGCCCAAGGUUAUCUUGGUAAGUAUUCAGUAAAUCUGAGAGAAAAGUCAAACAUGUGGCACCGUUAUGCUCAGAGAGCAUAGCAUGGGGCUGUUGGAAAAAAUGCUUCUAACCCACUGGCUUUCUAAACUAGGAGAUUCCUGAGCUGAGUUUUCGAGGAGAAGGAUGCAGUCAGGAGAAAUGAUGUCUUCUUAGAAGAGCGUCUCAGGCCUUGGACCUGAUGAGCAAAGGUACAGAGAUGCCAAGCAGCGCCUUUGUGUUCAGGCCCAGUCACUAGAGAGUCAAGUGGAAACCAAAUGGUAAGAUGAGAUAGUUACACAGAGGUCACACCAAGAACCUCAGACUUUUGUAGAAUAAGGAUUUGAAGGGGGGAGGGGCAGGGAGCAAUGGAGAAGAAAGUAGAUUUGCAUUUUUGUUAGAGCCCUAGUGACCAAAAAAGAUGAACAGAAGAACAAGGAGAUUGUAAAAACUAUAUCAGAUCUUUAGGAGUUCCAGGAAUCAAAGCAGCAAAUAGACAGUGGUUUGAAAAUGUCUGGCUAAAUGUUCUCACCGUAACAACUUGCAUCUGAGGGACAUGUGCAAAACAGUCAUUGCAGAAUUGUGGAAGGAGUGUAAGCUUGCCUUCUGAGUUAGAUAUUCGACACAGUGUAUAACAUCUAAUAGGUGUUCACAGUGACCCACCAAGGUUGGUUAGGUGACUUAAGUGUAUGUAAAUCUCUUUUCACAAGCCACCAUAAGUGGGAUGUCUAAUGUUUGUAUUGGGGGUUCUUCGUAGUUCAGUUUCAUUAUACCUUUGAUAGUUAAAUGUUAUAAAUCAGGAAUCAUGUCAGCUUUGUCUCACUUUUAUUUACCAAAGUGAGCCUGGGGCGUGGGCAGUGAUGAGGACAAAACAUGUUACCAUCUGCAGGUCUAUCAUCACAAAGUCUAAAAGAGCGUGUCUCCUUUACUUCAAAACGUAAUCUUCAUGAGAGGAGGGAGCCUGUCUGCUUCAUAAUGGGCACUUAGUUAUUUAAUGGAUGAAUUAAUAUCCCCAGAAAAUGCUGUGUGCCUCAGAGAUGUAGGCUGGGGCUUCAACAUUGCCUGUGACUGCAAAGUGCUCUGGAAGUCUUAAUUUCUAAGGUACCAAAAGUUUUGUGAGAUACGUACCCUGAUGAUGGUUAACAGUUGAUUUACAGCGAUUCUUAUUGCUUUUUAAAUAUGUAAAAAUGGAUUUCAAUGAAGGCUGUUGGAAUCUGAUCAUCAUGACUGUGGUGUUAUUCAAUGCCCAGCACACAUACAAGCCUGAAUGGGUAGAAAAGAGAGUAUUUUAAGUGAGUCAGCAUGCCUUUACUUCGGUAAAACGGAGCUGAAGUUACACAGCCUUCGGGGACUUGCAGCCUGCUGCUGGUUUGGUUUGGGGAGGAUGUGCUGUGCCUGAGGUAUUGCAAGAUCUGGAAUUACCGAGAAACAGGAGGCUUCAGAAUGUAUGCUAAAUCUUUCUACAGGCCAGUUUCUCAGGAGGAAAAGUACUGUGUUGCAUAUUGUUCUUUUUGUAGCAGUGUGUGUUGUGUACAUCGUGGCAGAAAUUAUUCUUGGAAAAGGUGACUCGAGAGCAAAAGAUUAUGGGGGAGGGGCAGGAUGAAGAAAGGAGGUGACAGCAAGACAGAGCUGCUCUAAAUCUAUUUCUCUUUCUUUUCACACUAGCUCUUUAGACUGACCUAUCCAAAGCAGACAGGCAGUCGCCUUGACCAACUGCACUCCUGGCCGUUUGAAAACGCCAGUUUCCUACGCGCGCGCGUUCGUAUUCUGUUGCAAACGGCAAAGCAGGCCUCCCUGCUCUGCGGAGUUCCGUCCUUUGUCCCUUUCGGCUCCUCAUUGGCAGGGGCCGCCGAGGCCCCGCCUCCUUCCGCGGCCUUCAGCGAGAGGGCGGGGCUUUGUGACGUAGGCCAGACGUCCCCCAGGGGUAUAAAAGGCUCCGCUGGGAGCGUAGGCUCUUACAGGAGCCGCCGGCAAGGGGGCAACGAGGAAGCUUGUCAGAGCGUAGCCGGGAAGAAGGUGGGGCGAGUCUGGAGAAAAGCCCCCGCCUGUCCUUGCGGCCCGGAGGCAGUUAGCUCUCGGGGCGCCUCGUGCUGUGGGGUUGGACGGUUUCUCAAGUGCUGGGGAAGGCGGAGGGCCCCGGAGUGGGAGGUCUGCGGGGCGGGCCCACACCGGCCAGCGCGGCACCAGCCGGCCAGCGCCCGUGUGGCGGACUCAGGGUGCGGGUUCCCGGUGGGUGGGCCUGCCACCGCCGAACUAGUCGACGCUGAAUCGGAUGCGCGCUCUCCCACGUCUCACUGGCCUCUCCACUAAACCAACCAAACUGCAAAACAAGCUCGGGGCCUGCGGGGCCCCAAGACCCCUGCGUAGGUCUUUAGGGAGUGAGUGGUGGGUACCGUUUACCUUUUCUGUGGCUCCAAAGCCCUCACUCACAUCCUCAGCCAAAGGCACCGUUUUCUUGCUCAGGCGUUACCCCUAUGUUAGUGGUUGAGAUUACAGACAUCCUGCCAAAAUGAUUUCUUCAAAGCCCAGACUUGUCGUACCUUAUGGCCUCAAGACCCUGCUGGAGGGAGUUAGCAGAGCCAUUCUCAAAACCAAUCCGCCAAACAUCACCCAGUUUGCAGCAGUUUAUUUCAAAGAACUCAUUUUGUUUAGAGAAGGAAACAAUUCUCUGGAUAUAAAAGAUCUGGUUAAACAAUUUCAUCAGAUUAAAGUGGAGAAGUGGUCAGAUGGAACGGCACAAGAGAAAAAACCAGAAUAUGUGAAAGAACCAGAAGGAACAUCUACAGUCUCCCAAGAACCUAAAAGGAUGGAAAAAUCCACAGACACAGAGGAGGACAACAUCACUGGACCUCUGUUCAGCAACAAAACCACUCAGUUCCCAUCAGUUCAUGCUGAGCUGCUCUCCAAGCCUGAGGAGGCACCCGAAGUGGCCUGUGGUCCUUCGAAACCAACCACCCCGAAGACUGCCAGCCCGCCCUCCUCACCGUCGCCAGCAGCUAUCUCACCGGAGUUUGCCUACGUCCCUGCUGACCCAGCUCAGUUUGCCGCUCAGAUGUUAGGUAAAGUUUCAUCUGUUCAUUCUGAUCAGUCUGACAUCUUAAUGGUGGAUGUGGCAACAAGUAUGCCUGUUUCUUCUGAGAUGCUGAGCUCAGAGGCUGCUGAAGAUGCUGCGGCGCAGGUUCUGAGCCAAACAUCUGCCCAUGUAGGUUUGGGUUCUAAACCUAGAGACGAUAAGGCUGAACCACCAACGGCUUCCUCCUUCCCCUUGCAGGUUGAACAAGAACCUCCUGCUUAUGACCAAGCUCCUGAGGCCCCUUUGCAGGCUGCCUUUGAGGUGACAUCCACCAUGCACAUAGCGUCUAUCUUUAAAGAUGAGCCUGUGAUCGAAGGAAUUACUUACAUUGAGCAAGUACCAGAACAAAUAGUUAUCCCUUUUUCUGAUCACGUUGCUCAUCUUAAAGGAAACAAGCAGUCACCACCACUUAGUCCCAUACUUGUAGGCAAGUCAGCCUCGGGCAUGUCUGCAAAAUCUGUGGGUUCCGCCAAGCUUGUGCACUUGGAGGAAAAUACAAACUGUAAUGCCUCAAUACAUCUGGAGGCAGAAGGCUUUACCCAGACAGUGAGCUCUGACAAAUCUAUGCAACUGGAAGUGGAAAUCUUUGCGGUAAUGCCCGGCGAUGCUGGGCUCUCUGGGGAGCCUGCAACAGUAGUGCACUCAGGUGCAUCUGUAAGAUCUUCUAGUGGCCCCCACUUUCCUGUUCCAGAAGGUCCUAACGAACCAGAAAUCGAACGAGCGUGGGAGGCAGCACCUGAACAAGGUUGGAUGGAGCCAGCACUAGCAGCAAGUGAAGCAGGACAACCACCACCAUAUUCUAACAUGUGGACCCUUUACUGUCUAACUGAUAUGACUCAGCCAAGUCGCCUGUCACCGCCACCUGCACCCGGGCCUUUCCCCCAAGCCACCCUCUAUUUAUCUAACCCUAAGGAGCCACAGUUCCUGCAGCACCCUCCGCAAGUGACUUCUCCGACUUAUGUGAUGAUGGACGACAGCAAGAAGGCCAGUGCCCCGCCUUUUAUCUUAGUGGGCUCCAACGUUCAGGACGCACAGGACUGGAAGCCUGUUCCUGGACAUGCUGUUGUCUCCCAGGCAGAGACCUUGAAGAGAUAUGCUGCAGUGCAAGUGCCCAUUGCUGUUCCUGCAGACCAGAAAUUCCAGAAACUUACCCCAAGUUCCCAGAAUGCUAGUCCUCCUACAGGUGGACAAGAGGGCCCCAGACCCCAAAGCCCAGUUUUUCUUUCUGUUGCUUUCCCGGUAGAAGAUGUAACCAAAAAAGGUUCAGGAUCUGGUGACAAGCGUACUCCCUUUGGAAGUUACGGUAUUGCUGGAGAAAUAACCGUGACUACCGCCCAAGUUCGCAAAGCAGAAACCUAAAACUGGCAGGUGCUGAAAAUGACACUGUUUGAGUCGACGUUCAAGGUGGAGCCUGCCACCAAGCGUAAUGUAUCAAUAAACUUCAUGCAAGCAUAAAA